AAACUUCAAAUUCAAACUCAAAGCAAAGCAAAAGUAACAAAGUCAACAAAACAUCCUAAACAUUUUAAAUGGUUCUGAAAAAGAAAAUCUUCUUUUGUGAAAUUACAAUUACCUAAAAUGAAAAAUAAACAUUCUAUUAACUGGAAAACUUACGUGCUAUAAAUGAUUCCAAUUUACUGAAAAACAGCACUUUCAGUAAAUGAACAAAAUGGUUUUCCAAAAUACUGGUAAAUACAGAGCGGAUAGGAACGAUGCAAAUAAAAAGGAUGUCGGUGCUUCGUCUGGAUCAAGGGAAGAGACUUCUGAAUCGAGAAUCCGUGUGGCUUUGGAUAACGACAGGAUAGAUUCUAAAUAUGGAUUCGAUAGAGUCAGAGAUACCAAAGAGCGUACUGGUUACCUUAUAAAUAUGCACACUGCAGAAGUAUUAGAUGAAGACAAAAGACUGGUCUCAGCCAUGGACUACUAUUUCAUAGAGAUGGAUGGUUCAAGGUUUAAAGUUUCACUCACAUUUAACCCAUAUUUCCUUGUACUACCAAGGAAGGAAUGUGAACAAGAAGUAGUACAGUAUUUGUCCAAAAAGUUUGCUGGAAACAUUAAUAAAAUUGAGAUUAUUGAGAAGGAAGAUUUGGAUUUGCUCAACCAUCUCUCAGGCAUAAGGCAGCGUUACAUAAAACUGUCAUUCAUAUCACAGAAUGAGAUGAUGAAAGUGAGACGGGAGAUUUUAACAGCUGUAAAUAAAAACAAGGAGAGAGAGAAAAAGGAUGCAAUUUAUUCUGAAAUGUUGACCAAUGCUCUGACCAGUGCUGCUGCGAUUGAGCAUGCGAAAAAAACAACUGAUCAUAUGGACAAUGUCUUAGAUAUAAGGGAACAUGAUGUACCAUAUCACGUACGAGUAUCCAUAGACAUGAAGAUAUUCUGUGGUACAUGGUACACUGUCAAAAGUAGAGGCACAGAAACGCCUGUAUUCACAAAAAGGGAGGACAUCAUAGAGAGGCCAGAUCCUAUAGUGCUAGCAUUUGACAUUGAGACUACAAAACUGCCACUGAAGUUUCCAGAUUCACAGACAGAUCAAAUUAUGAUGAUAUCAUACAUGAUAGAUGCACAGGGCUAUUUGAUAACGAACAGGGAGAUCAUAUCGGUUGAUGUUGAAGAUUUUGAGUAUACACCUAAACCAGAGUUUGAAGGACAAUUCAUAGUUUUCAAUGAGCCUAAUGAACUAGCUUUGAUACAAAAGUUCUUUGAUCAUAUCAUGGAUGUGAAACCUCAUAUUUUCGUUACAUACAAUGGUGACUUUUUCGAUUGGCCAUUCGUGGAGGCGCGAGCGGCGGUACUCGGCCUAGACAUGAAACUGGAGAUAGGCUUCAGCAAGAUAGCGGCCAGAGAUGGCACCUACGCGUGCCGCCCGGCCAUGCAUAUGGAUUGUUUGUGUUGGGUCAAAAGAGAUUCGUAUCUCCCAGUAGGUUCUCAAGGUCUCAAGGCUGUAGCGAAGGCGAAAUUGAGAUACGACCCAGUUGAGCUAGAUCCGGAAGACAUGUGUCGCAUGGCAGCUGAACAACCACAGGUGUUGUCGAAUUACUCAGUGUCAGACGCUGUAGCCACCUACUAUCUGUACAUGAAGUAUGUCCAUCCAUUUAUAUUCGCGCUCUGCACUAUUAUUCCGUUGGAACCAGAUGAGGUUCUUCGAAAAGGCUCAGGCACACUAUGCGAAUCUCUGUUGAUGGUCGAAGCAUUCCACGCGAACAUAGUGUUCCCAAACAAACAGGUGGAAGAACUGAACAAAUUGACCAGCGAUGGUCAUGUUCUUGAGACAGAGACUUACGUUGGGGGGCAUGUGGAAGCACUUGAGUCAGGUGUAUUUCGAGCCGAUAUAAAAUGCAAAUUCAGAAUAGUCCCAACUGCUAUAGACAAAUUGAUGGAAAAUACAGAGAAGACCAUGAAGCAUGCCAUAGAGGUCGAAGAAGGCAUACCGUUAGAUUUAGUGACCAAUUUUGAUGAGGUUUGCGAGGAAAUAAAUUCAAAGUUACAGCAUAUGAAAGAUCACCCGAGAAGAGAUGAAAAUCCGUUGAUUUACCAUUUGGACGUGGGCGCUAUGUAUCCUAACAUUAUUUUGACUAACAGAUUACAGCCAUCCGCGAUGGUGAACGCGAGCAUAUGUGCUGUGUGCGACUACAACCGGCCCGGCGCCGACUGCCAGAGGCACAUGGAUUGGAUGUGGCGCGGGGACUUCUUGCCAGCAACCAGGAGUGAAUAUCAGAGAAUACAACAGCAAUUGGAAACAGAGAAGUUCCCUCCCCUACAUCCUGGUGGGCCGCCGAGGGCGUUCCACACUUUACCUAAGGAGGAUCAGGCUGCGUAUGAAAAGAAGCGUUUAGCGGAUUAUUGUAAAGUUGCAUAUAAGAAAACUAAAGUGACACGAACCGAAGUGCGUACGACCACGAUAUGUCAGAAAGAGAACUCUUUCUACGUCGAUACUGUCAGAGCGUUUCGGGAUCGCCGCUACGAAUACAAGGCAUUAAACAAACAGGCAAAAGCCAUGGUCGUUCAAGCAGUCGCCAGUGGAGACGCGGCCGAGAUCAAAAGUGCUAAAAGUCGUGAGGUUCUGUACGACUCGCUCCAGUUGGCUCACAAGUGUAUUCUGAACUCUUUCUAUGGAUAUGUUAUGAGGAGAGGAGCUCGAUGGCACAGUAUGGAAAUGGCGGGUAUAGUGUGCUACACCGGUGCUAACAUCAUCAUGAAGGCUCGUGAAAUUAUCGAGCAAGUUGGACGACCGCUCGAACUGGAUACAGAUGGUAUUUGGUGCAUAUUGCCAUCAUCGUUUCCCGAAAACGUGACAAUAUACACAAAGCACCAAAAGAAGAAGAAAAUCAACGUGUCGUACCCCAACGCAGUGCUCAACGCUAUGGUGAAGGAUCACUUUACCAACGAUCAAUAUUACGAGCUAACAGAUCCAGUUGAAAAAACAUACGAGAAAAGGUCUGAAAAUUCAAUUUUCUUCGAAGUUGACGGUCCCUACCUUGCCAUGGUGCUGCCAGCCUCGAAGGAAGAAGGGAAGAAGCUUAAAAAGCGAUACGCUGUUUUCAAUUUUGAUGGUUCUUUGGCUGAAUUAAAAGGUUUCGAAGUAAAGCGUCGUGGGGAAUUGCAAUUAAUUAAAAUAUUCCAAUCUUCCGUAUUCGAGGCGUUUUUAAAGGGGAACGAUCUAAAGUCAUGUUACGGAGCAGUCGCUAAAGUAGCAGAUUAUUGGCUCGAUGUUCUAUACAGCAAGGGAUCUAAUAUGCCCGAUUCGGAGUUGUUCGAACUGAUAUCGGAAAAUAGAUCGAUGUCAAAGAAGCUUGAAGAUUAUGGUGGGCAAAAGUCAACAUCGAUUUCUACUGCGAAAAGAUUAGCGGAGUUCUUAGGAGAUCAGAUGGUGAAGGACGCUGGGUUGGCUUGCAGGUUUAUUAUAUCACGGAAACCCGAUGGCGCUCCUGUUACCGAGCGAGCCGUGCCACUUGCCAUCUUCCAAUCGCCAGCAGCGGUCAAGAGACACCACUUGAGAAGGUGGCUCAAGGACAACACCAUAACUGAGGACAUAGACAUUAGAGAUGUGUUGGAUUGGGCGUACUAUAUCGAAAGGCUUAGCGGCGCCAUACAAAAGAUUAUCACGAUACCUGCUGCUCUGCAAGGUCUCGAUAACCCAGUUCCUCGUGUCCAAUAUCCUGACUGGUUGCACAAGAAAAUGCUAGCGAAAAGUGACAAAUUCAAAACUAGGAAGAUCACGGAUAUGUUCACAGCCAAACCUAAGGAAUUAGCAAGUGAGCAAAAUGGUGAAGAAGAAGAACCUUCCGAAAACAAUGCCGAUGCGAACUCAGAACUGGAUAUUGAAGACAUCGGCAAAGACCCAUCCGAGCCCCACGUCAUACGACCGAUAGUGCACAGCGUCAAGCGCAAACGUGAAGAGUCGCCAGUGAAAGAGGCCGCCACUUGGAGAGAGGCCUUGGGACCUCCGCCGCCUUUUGGCACUACCAAGGAAGAACGAAGGGCAUGGAUAAUAUUUCAAAAGAAGAAAUGGAUGUGGCAAAUGAACCAACGUGGCUUUCGUAACAAGAGUAAAAGAGGUAAAAUAGACAACAAUGCACCCAUAUCAAUACCUAAAAGUACGGGUCCGACAAAUACUUUGGGAGGAUUUAUAAAGAGGGCGCAACGCACUUUACUGAAUACGCCGUGGCAGAUUAUACAGGUAGCAGAAACAGCAGAGCCAGGAUUAUUCAGGUUGUGGGCGUUAGUGGGAACAGAGUUGCACCAGAUCAAACUGACAGUGCCGCGGAUGUUCUACGUGAACCGGCGGGUUGCACGCGCCGAGGAGAGCGGCCCGUACUGGCGGCGCUGUAACCGCGUGCUGCCUCGGGCCAGACCCGCGCACCAUUUGUACCAGUACACGGUGCCCGAGACGCUGUAUCGGGAGAGAUGCCAAGAACUUAUGAGCGAACUGUCUGCGCCAGAAAUCGAGGGAAUAUACGAAACACAAAUGAGUCUGGAAUUCAGAGUGCUUAUGCAACUCGGCUGUAUUUGCACUGUCGAUCCAACUGAGGCGAGGCGUUUAAUUCAAUUUGGUACAAACAACAUGGACUCCUUUACACUAAGUCAGUUACAGUUUAAAAGUGUAGCUCAUCAGCCAUAUCUACAAAAACAGGAUGGAGUGUCGCCAAUAAAGCACAUAUUCCUGUAUCAACACUCAGCGCCCAACUCGAGUCGCAGUAUGUGGGCCCUGAUACUGGGCCCUGUGAAGAAAGCUUACAUAUUUGUGUUGGACACAGUGAAGACCAACCAAGUGCCCAACAUGAAUACUUUGUAUUCUGCUGAGCGGACUGCCAAGAUCAAUCUCGGAACAGAUGAGAGCACUCUACCAGGUCAAGAGCUCAGCUGGGAGGUGGCCGCGGAGUCAGAGGGGCGCGCGGUGUGGCGCGGGGUGCAAAGGGCCCUGCAAAGAUACCGCGACGAGCGCUGCGGCCCGACUGUCGUUGCUCUACAGACCGCCUUAUCUCCGGCUGCGUUGAUCGCUUUGAUGCCAGGUCUAUCCGAUUUCCCUCUGGUACCGCUGCACGUGCGUGACGUAGAGUCGCUAUACAACACGCUGGAGUGGCAGCGGCUGGGCGCGCGCGCCAUCGUGCGACACUAUCUCAACCUGGACUCUGUGCUCAAUCUCACUGUCGAGCAGUGCAGGUACUUCCACUUGCCUCUCGGCAACACUGCGGCGGACCCGACGCAGUUCGGCGCUGACCUGUUCUUUGCACGACACCUCGCCAAACACAACUUUGUGCUGUGGUGCUCCAGCCUGGAAAGACCAGAUCUGGGCGGUAGAGAAAUUGAUGACAACAGGCUAGUGACCGAGGCGGAGGAGUGGUCGGGCUGCAGCCACAGUCUGAGCGGCGCGUACGGCGGCGUGUGCGUGGCGCUGGACUGCGACGCGCUCGCCGUGUGCGCGCUGCUGCAAGCGCACCAUAUAUUGCAGGUGGAGGGAACUAGCGUAGCAACGUCGUUUGGCGCUCAGCACGCUAACAUUCAAGAUGUCAUGGCGUCCACAGGCGCAAACGCCACGGAGACGUACGACGAAGCGGCGCAGUGCAGCGCUGCGUUCAAGAUCCUGCGGACGAUGAUCGCGUCGUGGCUGCGUGACGUCACACUGUACAAGAACGUGUUCGCCGACUAUCAGAUAUCGCAUUUUUACAGAUGGCUAAAGACACCAACUUCACUGCUGUACGACCCGGCCCUGCGACGAACUCUGUACAACCUUAUGAAGAAGAUGUUUCUCAUGUUGGUGGCUGAAUUCAAAAGAUUGGGCUCGCAAAUUGUUUUUGCUGACUUCAAUAAAAUCAUACUUUUCACAAAAAAGAACUCUGUCAUGGAUGGCAUUGGCUAUGUGGAAUUUGUAGUGCAGAGCAUAAGGAAUAAAGAAUUGUUUCACGGCAUCGAUAUCAGAUACAAGCAGUGCUGGUCGUAUCUUCUGUGGCUAGACGAAGCCAAUUAUGCAGGAAUUGAGGGUAAAUUACCUCCAGGAUUGGUUGAAGUGGGGUCAUCUCAAGUGCCCAACGCUACUGAAGAGGAAUCAGAAGAGGGUGAAGUAACAAUGCACUGGAACAUAGCGAACUUCAUGCCUUCGACCGUUGUCCGCGAGGCGUUCUACGCCGGCGUGGCGGGCUUCCUCAGCGCAGCGCACUCCGCGCCAGAGAGACUGCCUGCUCUGCUGGCGGGGGAGAUCUCGCAGAAAUUAUUCCAAAUGACGGAAAAGAUCAACCGCCGAAUGCCGACGUUGAAGCUGGAGGACAUCGGCGCGCAGCCGGGCCUGCGUGUGGACGCGCUGGAGGGCCUCACGCCCGCAUUGAUGUUCGUCAACGCGCUGUGCAAGGUGCUGGCGCUCGACCAACACUUGGAUGACGAGGUGACGCUUCUAAGACGUAAUUUGCUGCGGCUGAUCGGCGUGGGCGAGUUCAGCGGCGCGGCCGAGUGGCGCGAGCCGUGCGCCUCGUGCGUGCUGGGCGAGGUCAUCUGCAAGGUGUGCAACCACUGCCGCGACCUCGACCUGUGCCGCGACCCGCACCGCCAGCACGGGGACCCCCCUGUCUGCCUCUGCCCCACUUGCGGCACUGCUUAUGAGAAUCAAGAGUUGGAAUGGCGACUUAUCGAGGCGAUGAACAGGCGAGCUAUGACGUACACACUACAGGAUCUGGUCUGCACAAGGUGUCGGCAGAUAAAGCGAGAAAAUCUGUCAACAGUGUGUGACUGUGCAGGAGAUUUCACAACUCUAGUACCUCUACAAGAAGUCAGAACGCAGCUGGCUACGUUCAAAACCAUUGCAGAGUAUUACAGAAUGCUGUUGUUAUUGGAACUCAUUGAAUUUAAUUUAAGUAACAUGUGAUAUAAUUAUUAAGCAAUUUUUUAUGUAGUUAACAAUUUAUAAUAUCAAUGUAAAAAUAAAAUGUUUUUAAAUUAGAAAA